UUGAGAUAUUUUUCGUGUAGAACCUUGAUGUAAAACUUAUUUUAGUGCGAAGCAGAUAAAAUUCGAGAUUCUUUUCGCUUCUGCAGAAAAACUUAUUUUAGUUUCGACAUGCGGAUAUAUGGCAAGGUGGCCACGAUGGCUCACUGCCUCCUGCACCACCAGAUCUGAUGCCGGUGCCGCUGUGUGGUCCAGCUUUGUCUGGAUCCAGCCUCUCCUGCCAUAGAUUUGCCCAUCGAUGUGUCUCCUAUUCCAGAAACCGGGAACGUGGAACAUGGCCACGUUCCUCGUUCCGGGAACGUGGGAACAAUCCCGUUCCUGUAGUAUUAAAACCUAGUUUUAGUAGCUUACAGCGUACCAUAUUCCCGUUCCUCGAUCCCAUCGAUCCGGGAACCUGGUUACUUCCACCGUGACAUUUGGUGUGGCUAUCUGACGGGUAGAUGCGACGUAUGUGGCCGAGACACCGGCCCUUUUCCCCCAUCGUGCAUAGUAGCGCAGGUCUGAGUAGAUUUGCUCUGCUCUCCAGCACAGCAGCAAGGCAAGACCGCAGGAUGUGUGUUGUCUUCUCCGUGUAAGCGAGGUGUACUGGUAGUCUGGUAUGUCAACACGUACCUAGCCAAUUAAUAUUUGCUUUUGCCCUGAUGGUUGUUGAUAGGUAGGAUCACUUUUUAGAGAACUGCUCCAAGAGAAAUUGGGAUAUGUUUGGGUUCAAUUAGGUCAUUUCUCCAGUAGCCUUCUUGAAUAGAUUUAUUCAGUAGCUUUCUUGAGAAGAGCCUUCAAGUUCAGGAUCUACAUUAUAGCUUGCUAAUUUCAGAGAUGUGAGUCCAAGCUUAGAUUAUAUCACAGGCAGUUUCAAAAUGGAGAUUUUCAAUGCUAGAUAGCACAUGUACUCUAAAUUGUGACUUCUUCCUUAGCUAGACAGGGCAUUGUACAUUGAUAUUCGACAUAGUUUGCUAUAAACUACUACGCACACGGAGUAUGUAAUUCUCGCUGAGCUAACAAUUCACUUCCAUACUUCUGGUUUUGUAUUCUGGCCAAUAGGUCCUCUGAAGUUCUGUAUUUUGCUGAAAAAUGGAAGGACUACAAUAUUGUAUAUUUUGUUCUUUUAUUAGAAAAUUAUAUUUGUUUCCUUACUUGCCCUUAUGAAGAAAAACAAACAAAUAAAACAUUCAUGUUCCCAAUGUGCUUGGAUCUUGAUUUGCAAUGUGAAGAGUUAACCCAGGAAGAGUUUGGCUUGCGAUACAAUUUUGAGGUGAUGGAUGCUGUUGAAAAGCUGGAGAGGCUUGUAAUCAUUACAAGAGUAAGUUCUCACAUAUUUUCUCUUAUUAGUUAUUACCACUUUGUGAAAGCAUAGGGAUGGUUUCUUACAAACACAGUGCCACAGAAUCAAGUUUUCGCAGAGACAACAAGCAUCAAGCAGCCACCAUCGCAGAGACAACAAGCAGCAGCUGCCUGACCUUUGCCAUCUCUGUGCACCACAUGCAACAGCCAAUAAUGUUUGUCACUACUAGCGAUGGCAGCGGGUCCGGUAUGGUUGCGGGUAGAGAAUAUACCCACCUGCGACACAUUAGCUAAUAAAAUUCUAUACCCGUACCCAUACCCACGGGUAAAAAUUUUUACCCACACGCCAUAACCGCACCUAUAGGGUAAAUACGCGCAGGUACACGACAGCUAUGGGUAUUUUAUUUUAUACGGAGUACCAUGUAAAAUCUUGUACCCUCAUCUGUUAUGACCGGUAUACAGCCGUUUGUUAGUUUGCUUAGGUUGUUAGAUCGGAUAGAGUUUGUUAGGAUCAGGUUGUUAGUCUUGGAUAGAGUUUGAGGCUGCUAUCUCAGCCAUAUAUAUAGCCCCUUUUGGCUAAGGAAUAAACCACCGUGCUUCCCCCAUCCCGUCUACUGAUCAUCGCGCCACUGUUCAUCCACGGUACUGUUCACGCGUGAACAGUACCGCCCCUCCCUGCCAGCAGUCCUAAUCCUGUGACGACGGCGCCCUGGUCAUAGACCCCAAACCUACCACUCGUACUAUCUCUGUAACCCUAGUUCCAACAAUCUGGUACCAGAGAUGCCAGGUUCCAACGACAUGCCGCCGAGAUCAGCACCACCCACCACCUCCAUCGUUGCCAAAACUAUUGAUGUGAGGGCUGCUGCUACCGGCCCAAUUUCAAAGGCGAACUUCAUGGCAUUCCAGCAGCUAAUGGUAAAGUUGUUCACCGCCCACACAGCCGCCAUCAACGGCAUGUCCAGCAGGACACCGCCGCCGCCUCCAGCUUCUACCACCACCAGUGCUGCUGCUUUCCCCUAUGGCAUGCCAGGCUAUGGUGGCAUACCCCCCCUUCCCACUACCGUCGCACCAAAACCACCACCAACAUCAUUCCCUUCGUGCCACAGCACCCCUUCCAUCGCCGAUCUCUGCCUUGGUGCCACCGGCAUCAACCAUGCCCGUAUCCAUCCACCAAAUCGCCUUCCCACACUCCCCAUCCCCGAUCCCCAGCUUCCCCGAGUAUGCUCUUCCUGCACACCAUCACCUUGUUGUGGGCGCCAUCACCACCACCCCCACUUCCAUAAAUUAUCCUUCCCCACAUUCAAUGGGAAAGAUGAUCCCGUGGGCUGGUUGAGCUGGUUGAACCGCUGCGAGCAUUUUUUUCCAUGGCCAGCGCACUCUUGAGACAGGCAAGGUCUGGCUCGCCUCGUUCCAUCUCACCGGGACUGCACAACAUUGGUACUACAUGCUGGAGCGUGACGAGGGCUCCAUCCCAUGGCAGCGCUUCAAGGACCUCUACCAGCAGCGCUUUGGUCCCCUUUUGCGCAACAACUUCUUGGGUGAGACUGUGCGUCUCCAAUUCUGUUCCACGGUCGAAGACUAUUAGGAUUGUUUCUUGGUCCUCAUCUGACACGCCGACCCGCCACCAACGCCGUACCAGCAGGCACACCUCUUCACCACCGUCUUACUAGGCCGCCUCCACAUCGAUGUCGAGUUGUGCGGGCUAGACCUGUAGCAGGCCUUGGCCCUCGCCCGGUCGUACCAACGCCGCCAGCAAGGCUCGGACCACGCGCCUCCGUCCUCUGUGCGUCUACCGGCUACGCCAUCCCCUAUGCUGGCAAUGCCGGUCGGGCCAGUGGCGGUUGUCCUCGCCCAGGCAGCACCGACGUUCAAGCGCCUCACCCCAACAGAGAUGACGGAGCGACGACACCAGGGUCUAUGCUACAACUACGACGAGCCGUCAACGGCAACGCCUCUUCUACCUUGAGGUGACUGCCGACGACGACGGGGUGGCUGUUGAGGAAGAUCCCCCACUGUAAACGGAGCAUCUCAGGCUGAAGCUACAUGGGAACCGGUGCAGAUGUUCAAGACCUCUUAUCCUGCCUUCCAUACCGUCGUUUGUUAGUUUGCUUAGGUUCAUAGGUUGUUAGAUCGGAUAGACUUUAUUAGGAUUAGAUUGUUAGUCUUGGAUAAAGUUUGAGGCUGUUAUCUCAGCCAUAUAUAUAGCCCCUUUUGGCUAAGGAAUAAAACCAAGCAGGCAAGUAUUCUUGUCUGUGCUUCCCCUACCCCGUCUGUUGUUCAUCGCGUCUACUGUUCAUCCAUGGGUACUGUUCACCCCUCCCUGCCAGCAGCCCUAAUCCUGGGACAACAACACCCAAGCGCCGGGGUCCUCCUGGUCAUAGACCCCAAACCUACCACUCGUACUAUCUUUGUAACCGCAGUUCCAACAUCACCAUACCCACGGGUGAAAUUUUGUGCCCACACGCGUACCCGCGGGUAGAACUUUUCAGCCAUACCCACACCCAUCGGGUACCAUACCCACGGGUAGGAUUGCCAUCGCUAGUUACCUUGACGAAGCGAAGCGGCUGAGGGUGAAGGCGGGGCACAUUCACAGCAGCUGCUGCACGGUGGCUGCCGGCAUAGCAUAGGUAGCCAGUGGUGGUGAGGACAGGGCCGCUCCGCUAUCUGGUGGACCAUUUGCUUCAUAAUGACAACACGUCUGUGCCAAAAUGGUGUGGUGAGGUAAUUUCCAAAGUUUUAUGUGCUUGACACAAACUGUGGUAGUUUCUGAUGCAUCUCUCAAACCAGUUGAACAUUAUAGUUUCUGUUAUUAUGUUGUGUGAAAAUAUAUAUCGUAUCGCGGACAUAAUAUACUUUUUCUCAGUUGACAAGGAGAACCCAACUACUGGUGCCAUUUUCCCAAACAGAAAUGGCACAAUAAAUCAUCAAAUGAGCCUGAACGUUGCCCUCAAGUCCAUGAUUGCAGAGUACAGACCCGGAACAUGAGACGAUGCCUCUCACUGCUGCUCGUGGGUCAGUGGACUGCAUAACUAAGACCAAAAGGCUGUCGUGGUCCCCCCUGAAUUUCGCUUCAGGGCGGCACUUCAGCUGUGUGGACGGUGAGUAUGCUCACAGACACCACCGUGUCAGCUAGGGAUGGGGGGCAUCUUGUGGGUUGGCACAUCCAAAGCACUGUGAUUGCAAGGGAAGGAAAGACAGUUAUUCUUUGUGCUUAUUUUAGAUCUUUCACUAUUUGUGUUGCAAUGAUCCCAAGAUAAUGUGACACCUUUUCAGAACUUGACUAUUUUUUUGCUUUAACUGUGAUUUAUCAUUUUUAUCUCAUUAAUGAGCACGAGGAUAAGAUAACAAUUGGAAAAAAAACACUAUAAUUAUGCUCUCCUAUUCUCUUAAUUACGAAUUGAGCCGCUUUGGCAUAUGCAGUGAUAAUAAUCAUUCUCUACAUAACAAAGGUAAUUUGUUGACUUCACAAUUCCUAACGUUUAUAUUUUUCUCCACAGGACAAAGUUCUAUAAGAUUGGAAAACAACAUUAUUAACCUUUAUAGUUGAAUAUGUAAGUGCCUCCUUUCUUAUUUCCUAUAAAGAAGUAUUGCAUGUUUCUGCACAAUGCUGAAUUUGUCAUAUGUAGGGUUGGCAAGUUAUUAAACCAGUACACAAGUGGAAAAAAUCUAAAAGCAUUCGAGCACACCCCAGUGCUAGACAAAUGUGAUAGCACGAAAUAUUGCAUGUUUUGGGCUAAAUAGCAGGAGUACAUAUAUAUAGGCCUCUACCAGUUCGUGCUCCACCUGAUUUAUGGAAACAAUGAUCAGGGAGACAAUUUGGGAGAUCAGGCGAUAAAAGGAAACAAUCACGCAGAAAAUAAUCAACUGCCGGCACCUAAUCGGGGACAGCUAAGCAGGGAGGAAUCAAUCGUGAGCACCUAGUCAAGGAAAGUUGGAUUGCACAGACACAACCUAUCUGUCUUGGAAGCUCUUGUUUCUGAUCAAGAGGUGUGGGAAACCAUCAAAGAAUUACCACCAGAUAAGGCCCCUGGGCCGGAUGGUUUCACAGGUCUUUUCUGUAAAGCUUGCUGGCCUGUUAUUAAGACUGAUGUUAUGGCUGCGGUUUCAGCGAUACGGGGCAGAAAAUUCAGUAAUUUUGGCCGUCUUAACACAGCCUACAUUGCCAUGAUCCCAAAAAAGGAUGGGGCAAAUGAAGUAAAGGAUUUUCGACCAAUUAGUCUUGUGCAUAGCUUUGCUAAAAUGAUUACCAAAGUCCUAGCCAAUAGGUUGGCUAAAGUCCUAAAUGGGUUGGUGUCACCAAAUCAGAGCGCUUUUGUUCAAGGAAGAUUCAUACAUGAUAAUUUCAUGUUGGUGCAGCAAACUUCAAGGCUUCUACACCAACAAAAUAAAGCUCGAAUCCUUCUCAAAUUAGACAUCACCAAAGCCUUUGAUUCGGUCUCCUGGCCUUUUCUAAUUGAGGUAAUGACACAGCUGGGUUUCGGGCAAAUCUGGAAGGAUAUAGUUUGUGGGCAAGUACUGCUUAAUGGUUUCCCGGGGGAGCCUAUUAAGCAUCGAAGAGGGCUACGUCAGGGAGACCCCCUCUCGCUGAUGCUUUCAUUUUGGUUAUGGACGUACUUGGUGCUCUGUUCACUAAGGCUGAGGAGGCGGGUUUAUUACAGCAGCUAUCAGUGAGAAAAAAAUGUCACCGGGUCUCUAUGUAUGCUGACGAUGUGGCUCUUUUCCUUCACCCAACUGCAGCUGAUAUUUAUGUCACCCUGGAUAUCCUACAACUCUUUGGAGAUGCUUCCGGCCUCCAUAAUAAUGUGAACAAAUCUAAUGUCUAUCCUAUCCAGGGUUCAGAGGACUCUUUGCUGGCAGUUCAGAACACUCUGCCAUGUGAGAUUUCAGACUUUCCAUGCCGUUACCUAGGGGUCCCUUUAUCUCUACACAAGUUGACUAGACAGCAAUACCAGCCCCUAAUUGAUAGGAUUGCAGAUCAACUCCCAAGUUGGAAGGCUGAAUUAAUGACAAGGGCAGGAAGGAAAGUUCAAGUGCAACAUGUUCUUACAUUACAAGCAUGAUUAUCUAUCCAGCAAUGGCAAUUAACCUUCCUAAAUGGGUUUUAGAUGCUAUUGACAAAAUAAGAAAAGGUUUCCUUUGGAGGGGUUGCAAAAGUGUUAGAGGUGGCCAUUGUCUGGUGGCAUGGGGUAAGGUUUGCCGUCCCCUGCAGCUGGGUGGCUUGGGAAUCUCUAGUCUUCCUGAGCUCUGCUGGACUCUCCGCAUGCGAUGGCUUUGGUUACAAAAAAACCGACUCCAAACGACCUUGGACAGAUCUCCCCAUCCAGGUACCAGGCAAGGCUCGUGUAUUUUUCUCUGCAGUUCUGAUAUCUAAAGUGGGAAAUGGAGCCAAUACCAAGUUCUGGAAAGAUAGAUGGCUGCAUGGAGAAAGACUUGCAGAUUUUGUUCCUAGACUUUUUUAUGCAAUCCCAAAACGGUUGGUCAAUACCAGGACUGUUCAGGAUGCCAUCUUGAGUCGGAAAUGGGUCUCUGAUAUUAAGGGAGCUCUCUCAGUUGGUGUACUCAUAGAUUAUCUUCAUCUCUGGGAUUUGCUUUCAGAUUUUGAGCUGCAGCUUGGCAUAGAUGAUAAACACCUUUUCAGCUUAGCCUCAGAUGGUAAAUAUUCAGCCAAAUCUGCUUACAAAGGCCUUUUCCUUGGCUCAAGCUCCUUUGCAUAUUAUAAGAUGGUGUGGAAAUCAUGGGCCCCGCCAAAAUGCCGGUUUUUCAUUUGGCUUGUUACUCAGAAAAGAUGCUGGACAGCGGAUAGACUUGCAAAAAGGGGCCUGGAUCACCCGGAGAAAUGUCUUCUAUGUGACCAAGACGCUGAAACUGUGGACCACCUCCUUGUGACAUGUGUAUUUGCAAGAGAAUUCUGGUAUCUUUUGCUGAGACAGUUUGGGUUGCACUCUGUCGCACCACAGAUGGCUGCUUCCUCCUUCCUAGGCUGGUGGGAAAAGGCAGCAGGAGCAGUAAGCGGGCUUAUCAAAAAGGGUCUUAACUCCCUUAUCAUUUUGGGUGCUUGGGCGAUUUGGAAUCACCGGAAUAAAUGUGUUUUUGAUGGUUGGAAUUCAAAUAUAACUCUAAUCCUUAGUUGGGCAAAAGAGGAGAUGCAUCGAUGGGAAAUAGCGGGAACAAAAGGCAUUUCUUACCUAGCAGCCCCCUUAGCUGAGUCCUAGGGACUUUCCUGGCAGUGUGUGAGUUUUUUUCUGUUUUCCUAUAUGGAUUCCUUCCUAUAUGUGUGUUUCUGGCCCCCGUAAGGGGUCUUUUGUAUCGGGCCUUCCUUUAAACCCUAGUUUCUUUUUCUUCUUAAUAUAAUAAGGCGUAGUUCUCCUGCGCGUUUUCGAGAAAAAAAAAAGGAAGCUCCUAACUCAACAACAUCAGCAUAGUCUUUUAGUCCCAAGCAAGUUGGGGUAGGCUAACUACUUAACUAGGGAAGAAAAUAAAUUGUCGAGGCCCACUAGGCUCGGGCCCUAGCCGAGGCCCGCUAGGCUCAGGUACUAGCUGAGGCCCACUAGGCCCAGGCCCUAGCCAACGGCACCCAGGACAGGGACGGCUGGACCAGGGGCGGUCGGGCCAGGGACAGCCACAAUUUUUGUAGUUAUGUGAAAUUGUCAAUCAUACAAAAAUAUCAUGUACAGAUACUAUCCGAGACAGGGAAAAACAUUAAUUAAACUAUUGUAGAGAUCAGAGAAGGUAAUGUAUGUAUUCUCAGUUUUUUGUUUUAUUUACAAUACAUAGUGGGGUUUUUUCCUAUGUGCAUCCGGUACAACUCAAUCUGAAGUAUAACAAAUAAAACAAGCUAAAAUCAUAGUCACAUAAAACGGGUUUGAAGGCAUCGACCCUCGACCUGGGUUCGUUGACCCCGACCUAGGUUCACAGGUUCAUUUUCGACCCCUAAGUGUAAACACCUCUCACAAGUAGUGUACCAAAUUCCAUGACCCUGUACCUCGACCCCGUCGACCUAGAAACUUUGUGGCUAUGGUUAAAACUCAACAAGCAUGACAUCAAGAGCUAUGCAGAGUUGGAUUUUGUCAUAACUUAUGUCGCCACAAGCCCACAAGGAUAUAGCAUAACUUAACUAGUAAUUACAUGAUACGCACAAUAAGAAUGAUAUGCAUAUCAAUGUAAAUACUUUUUCUUCCAAAGACAUCUGUGCAGCUAGGUGUCCAUGUGCCCACAAGUUCAUGAGCUAGUUCAUAAUGAAGCCAGACCAACUAAACAUAUGCAAAUUGAAGAUACCAUUACUCCCUCCUGCUCUAAUGAUGCCUUACAACCCGAACCCUCAUUUCCAAACCUUCUAAACAGUUACGUUUAAAAAAACUUAUAAACAGAAUUCAUAACGUUCACGAAAGGGCCACUAGAUAAGUUGGUUAGGUGGUCUAGGUUCAACUCCUCGUGGAAGUGAAUUUCAAGUUGUGGUUAAAAAAGUCUCCUCUAUUGUCCCACGCCAAAGUACAGGUCUAAGGCCCGGCCUCGGUCACGGUCGUUCUCACAUAGGCUACGGUGCCGCUGUGUAUGGGUGAGGCAGAGAUUCAGGGGUUUUCUUGACCUGCGUGAAAAGGUCUUCUUAAUAUAAUGUUGUGGGGCGGUCUUACCCCGUAGGUCGAGUUUUAAAAUUCAUAAUGUUCAAAACUAUCAAGAAUUUGAUAUCUUUAACACUAAAAUCAACUGUAGUUGCAUGAACAUAAUCUCUCCCCCCCCCCAAAAUGCACAGGUAUAAAUUUCAUACAAACAAACAAAUUACUAUCUGCAGUUAUUAAACGCAACAGGAAAA